AUGCGAUCCACGUGUCUGCUGAUCUUCUUGGCCCUCCUCGUCGUCUCGUCAUCGGCCAUGCCUUUCUAUACGUCGUUAAUAGAUGAUAACGGCGAAGACGUAAGAAUUCGUCAAUUUCCACAACAGGACGUUCUGGAAAAUAUGGUCAACGAGUUGAUGCGCGUUCAAAGUGUCGAUCAGAUGAACAAUAAUCAACUAGAGUAUGCAUUCUACCGUCACGGUGUACAACGCUUAAUGUCACUCUGCGUACAGCUGUCGUCCUCGCCUUUAUGUAUGCCAUCGGGCGAGCGCUUUCUCUUUGCCCGCGUGGCUCAGUCGGUAGCGGCGCCGCACCCUCAAUCAUCGCCCUCACAAGUUCAACUCCUCGAGGGGCAUCUUUGA